AAAAAAAGACAUUUAUGUCACAUCCUUUGCAGAUGUGAAUCAAAAGAUAGUGUAACUAAAGUAGACAACAAUUAAAGAAAACCAGUAUUCUGGUGUUCUCCCUCUUCUCCUUACUUGCACCUUCCGCCACCCAAAAUCUUGUUUAGUUUCAGAAAUUUUUAAUUUAGGCAAAAUUUCCAGAGAGAGUGAGGGUCACAUUGUUGAACUCGUCGCCGAUAACCUAUUCAGCUUGUCUUAUCCGGACCUGCUAGGCCCAGACGGAGUCUCACCGAAGGACAGCUCGUCGGCCGCCUCGCCUGUCGGAUCUACUGCGACUCGGCGGCAUCACUUCCAUUACCAAAACCCCCUCGUUCUCUUGAAUUUUUUUGACCGUUUUACCCUUCCGAAAGAAUGGCAGAGAAACAGGUCAUCAUAGUCGUCGAAAGCACCGCUGCUUUGGGACCCUAUUGGGAUACGAUUCUCGUGGAUUACAUUGACAAGAUCAUCAGGUCUCUUGUUGGAACUGACUCCACUGGCCAGAAGCCUUCUGUAUCCAACAUUGAGUUUGCCCUAGCCACCUUCAAUACUCAUGGAUGUUAUUCUAGUGUCCUCGUGCAACGGACUGGCUGGACAAGAGACCCCGAUAUUUUCUUCCUCUGGCUAUCAGCGAUACCCUUUACUGGUGGUGGUUUUAAUGAUGCAGCAAUUGCUGAAGGGCUUGCUGAAGCUCUGAUGAUGUUCCCAAGUUCUCAAGAUGGUGGGCCCAAUCAGCAAAAUGUGGACAUGCACAAGCAUUGUAUCCUUAUAGCAGCAAGUAAUCCUUAUCCACUGCAGACACCAGUUUAUGUUCCAAGACUGCCCAACAUAGAGCAGAGUGAAACCAUUGACUCAGAUGCAGGGAACCGUUUAUAUGAUGCUGAAGCUGUAGCUAAAGCAUUUCCUCAGCUUUCUGUUUCUCUGUCAGUCAUCUGUCCAAAACAACUUGCAAAAAUUAAAGCCAUCUACAAUGCGGGGAAGCGUAACAAUAGAGCAGCUGAUCCACCAGUUGAUGUCAAAGUUAGUCAUUUCCUUGUUUUAAUAUCAGAAAGUUUCAAGGAAGCACGUGCUGCUUUGAGUCGAUCUGGGGUAACAAGCGUGCCUUCAAAUCAGAGUCCUGUUAAAGUAGAUGCAGUUUCUGGCAUACCUGUUACAGGCGCACCACCGACUUCUAUGCCAUCAGUGAAUGGAUCUAUCCCAAACCGUCAACCAAUUUCUGGUGGGAAUGUGGUCCCUGCUACCGUGAAAGUGGAGCCAAUUCCUGUAACAACUAUGGUACCUGGACCUGGAUUUCCUCAAAAUUCAUCAGCUCCUCGUGCUACUGCUAAUAAUCAAGGAGUACCAAGCUUGCAGACAUCUUCUCCAUCUUCUAUGACUCAAGAUAUUAUGACAAGUAAUGAAAAUGCACAGGAUACAAAGCCUACCGUAUCCAUGUUGCAGCCCAUGAGACCAGUGAAUUCUGCUCAGGCAAACAUGAACAUUUUGAACAAAGUGUCUCAAGCACGACAGGUGAUGAAUUCUGCUGCAUUAGGCAGUGGAACCUCUAUGGGAAUUCAGUCAAUGGGUCAGACUCCUGUUGCCAUGCAUAUGUCAAACAUGAUAUCCAGUGGGAUGGCUUCUUCUAUACCUGCACCUCAAAAUGUAUUUUCAUCUGGACAGUCGGGAAUAACAUCAAUCUCAAGUUCUGGACCUCUUAAUGGUCCUGCACAAGUUGCACAAAACUCAGGUCUCAGUUCGAUAGCUUCAGCCACUUCUAAUAUGGCUGGAAGUCCAAAUAUUGGGAUCUCACAACCAAUGGGUAAUGUUCAAGGUGCUGUCAGUAUGGGACAGCAGGUACCAGGUAUGAGUCAAGGAAACCCUUCGGGAGCGCAAAUGGUGCAAGGUGGAGUCAACAUGAACCAAAAUAUGAUUAAUAAUGGCCUUGGUCCAUCAGUUGUCUCUUCUGGAACUGGCACAAUGAUUCCUACUCCAGGAAUGUCUCAACAAGUCCAACCAGGCAUGCAGCCGCUUGUGAACAACAAUGCAGCUGCUAAUAUGUCUUUGCCACAACAGACAUCAGGUGGUAUGCAAUCCACACAAUCCAAAUAUGUGAAGGUCUGGGAGGGAAGCUUAUCUGGGCAAAGGCAAGGGCAACCUGUAUUUAUCACUAAACUUGAAGGUUACAGGAAUGCUUCUGCCUCUGAGACGCUUGCAGCAAACUGGCCCCCGGUAAUGCAAAUCGUUCGGCUUAUAUCCCAAGACCACAUGAAUAACAAGCAAUACGUUGGAAAGGCAGAUUUCCUAGUUUUUCGGGCGAUGAACCCACAUGGUUUUCUUGGUCAGCUGCAGGAGAAGAAGCUGUGUGCGGUUAUCCAAUUGCCAUCCCAGACGUUGCUGCUAUCUGUUUCCGACAAAGCUUUCCGCUUGAUUGGGAUGCUUUUCCCUGGGGAUAUGGUUGUAUUUAAACCGCAAUUAACCAGUCAGCAGCAGCAACAAAUGCAGCAGCAGCAGCAGCAACAGCACCAACAAUUGCAAUCAGGACAGCAUCUUCCACAGUUGCAACAACAGCAGCAACUUCCUCACAUGCAGCAGCAACAACUUCCUCAGCUACAACAGCAACAGCCACAGCAACAGCAACAACAACCACAGCAGCAGCAGCAACUUCCCCAGCUUCAACAGCAGCAGCAGCAUCAACAGCUGCAACAACAACAGCUUCCUCAGCAGGUCCAGUUGCAGCAGCAGCAGCAGCAACAGCUUCCACAAAUCCAGCAACAGCAACACCCCCAACUUCAACAGCAACAACUCUCACAGCUUCAGCCUCAGCAACAGCUUCCACAGUUACAGCAACUGCAGCAGCAUCAACAACUCCCUCAGCAACAACUUGUUGGGGCUGGGAUGGGACAAGCAUAUGUUCAAGGACCUGGGCGGUCUCAGUUGGUUUCUCAGGGACAGGUUUCAUCACAAGGAGGAACAAACAUGGGUGGAGGAGGGAACUUCAUAAAUUAAACGGCUUGAGUUUAGGCAUAAUUUGUAACAGGGUAGAAUGACGCUUAAUGAUUCAUGUAGUCGACCCAAACCAAACCAAGGGAAAUGUCUUUUGGGGACGCUAUUUAUAUAGGUCUGGUAAGUCUUACUCUUAACCAGAUAACAUGUUAAUAGUAUAUAACGUAAAUUAAGAGCACGUUAGAAAGUUAUUUGGAGGGUAAUGUUAGCUGCUAAGUUGACUUGAAAAUCGUGUUAAUUAUGAACCUAAUUGACAGCAAAUAUUAGAUGAACAA